GGGGAUUCCUGUGUGUGGGCUGAGUCAUCUUCACCAGUUCGAGGCUUUCUUGUUACCGGCAUUCCGCCCAGACUAGCGGCUGGACACAGCGGGGUUGCUGCGGCGCUUACCGGAGAGACGUUGCUACAGCGGUCCUGGUCCAGGCUCCGUGAGGCGUACGAGGCUAGCACGAGCUCCGUCCACCGGAGCCUUCUCGUUCUCUGACACAGACGGGCGGCUGAGAGAGGCCCCGGCGCUCCCAUCAUGGCGGACAACGACAAGCUGGAUAACCAGCGGCUGAAGAAUUUCAAGAACAAAGGCCGCGACUUAGAGAGCAUGAGAAGACAGAGGAAUGAAGUUGUGGUGGAGCUAAGAAAGAAUAAAAGAGAUGAGCAUCUGUUAAAAAGAAGAAAUGUUCCCCAUGACGAUGCUUGUGAGGACUCUGAUGUGGAUGCGGAUUUCAAAGUGCAAAAUACAUCUUUGGAAGCAAUUGUGCAGAAUGCAUCCAGUGACCAUCAAGGUAUUCAGCUCAGUGCUGUUCAGGCCGCAAGGAAACUUUUGUCCAGCGAUCGUAAUCCACCAAUUGAUGAUCUCAUAAAAUCGGGAAUUUUGCCAAUUUUGGUCCACUGUCUAGAAAGAGAUGACAAUCCAUCCCUCCAGUUUGAAGCUGCGUGGGCUCUCACCAACAUUGCUUCAGGAACAUCUGAGCAAACACAAGCUGUGGUCCAAUCACAUGCUGUUCCUCUGUUCUUAAGAUUGUUGCAUUCUCCUCAUCAGAAUGUUUGUGAGCAAGCUGUGUGGGCACUGGGCAACAUAAUUGGUGAUGGGCCACAAUGCAGGGAUUAUGUCAUCAGCCUUGGCGUGGUGAAGCCUUUGCUAUCUUUCAUCAACCCAUCUAUACCCAUUACAUUUUUGAGAAAUGUCACUUGGGUGAUGGUAAACUUGUGUCGGCAUAAAGACCCUCCACCGCCUAUGGAGACCAUUCAGGAGAUUCUGCCAGCACUUUGUGUUCUCAUUCACCACACCGAUGUAAAUAUUUUGGUGGACACAGUGUGGGCGCUCUCCUAUCUAACAGAUGCUGGGAAUGAGCAAAUUCAGAUGGUAAUAGACUCUGGGAUUGUGACCAACCUGGUUCCUCUUCUAAGCAACCCAGAAGUAAAAGUGCAGACUGCUGCCUUGAGAGCUGUGGGUAAUAUAGUCACUGGAACAGAUGAGCAGACCCAGGUUGUCCUGAACUGUGAUGCACUUUCACACUUUCCAGCAUUGCUUACUCAUGUCAAAGAGAAGAUUAACAAGGAGGCUGUAUGGUUUUUGUCGAACAUCACAGCAGGCAACCAGCAACAAGUGCAAGCGGUUAUUGAUGCCAACCUUGUACCGAUGAUCAUACACCUGCUGGAUAAGGGUGAUUUUGGGACCCAGAAAGAAGCGGCAUGGGCUAUUAGCAAUUUAACAAUUAGUGGAAGAAAAGACCAAGUUGCAUAUCUUAUCCAACAAAAUGUGAUUCCACCAUUCUGCAGCCUGUUGACUGUGAAAGAUGCCCAAGUCAUACAAGUAGUGUUAGAUGGAUUGAGCAACAUAUUAAAAAUGGCAGAUGACGAGGCGGAAACUAUAGCCAAUCUUAUUGAAGAAUGUGGAGGCCUGGAAAAAAUCGAACAGCUGCAGAGUCAUGAGAAUGAAGAUAUCUACAAACUGGCGUUUGAAAUAAUCGACCAGUUUUUCUCAUCAGAUGAUAUUGAUGAAGAUUCUAGCCUUGUUCCUGAGACAAUACAAGGUGGAACAUUCAAUUUCAAUUCGGCUGCCAAUGUACCAGCAGAAGGGUUCCAGUUUUAGGAAGAAUGGUUGGAAGUUAGGUACAGUGCAGCGCUGAAACUGGUUUGAUCCAUCAAGCUUGGCUCAUGGGAUCUGCUGCUGCAUUAAUCGGAGACAGAAAUGUGAGGACUUCAUUUGGAUGACCGUAAAGACCAAAUGAUGUCAAGAUGGCGAGUGGGUGCGAGUGAGAAUGAGUGGCAAAUGUAAUGAAAACUUCACACCGAAUGCUUAUAUAGGUUGUGCAGAGGAAAAGGGCUACAGGUCAAAGAUCUUCAGUGCCUGAGAGGGAUCAUUGAUCUAACAGAGCAAAUGAGGAAAAUGCAGUACUGUCAUCAUCAAGCCUUGUAAGCAUUAAAGAAAAACAUAUGGGUAGGAUGCCCACACAAGUCCAAGGAGAAUGAGCCCAGGCCUUGCUAAGAAGCUCCGUAUGAAUGGACAGCAAUGAAUGAAUGUCCCGGACACUGUCGUGGAGCUAGGCUCAUUUUUACAAAUGUGAGGCAAUUCACUCAUGAAGCAGACUCCCAGUCCAGGAGUGGCGUGUGUACGAGAGUAUGGGUGUGGUGCUGUAUGUGGACGCAUGCAAGCUUGAAUCGCCUUCAGAGGGUUGAUCCUAAACCUAGAAAACUAAGUUCAUAAGUGUUACCUUACACUGGACAUCAAAACAAAGACCGCUAUAGCAGCAGAUUUUGGUUUACUCUGCAGCCUGUGUGCUUUUUUUUUUUUUUUUUUUUUUUUUUUACUUUCCUUUUUAUUUUUUUAUUUUAGUUUAACUUGUAUGGCUUGUAUAUUUUAAGUUGCUUAGAAAAGAAGGAAAUUGAAGAAGGCAACCCUGUGCACCUGCACCAGAUAAAUGUACGAUGUUAUGCAAACUGUUCCAUAUCAUCAAUGCUGAUUUUGUAUACAAAAAGAUACGCAUGAAAAGUAGACGUUCCCCCUUAUUUUCUGUUUCUCCCCAGUUCAUGAGAUGCCAUACAGAAAAAAAGAUGGUUUCACGCAAUCCUUUCAUUUUCAUGAGUAUAUUUGCAUGUGGCAACGAGCAGCAUAGUUUUCUUUUUUUCCUUAGAUACAUUUAGAGUCCUGUACUGAUGUUUCAGUUGUGGUAGACACUGUGCUGUGUUCAAUCCUAUUAGUUCUCAAACAUUUGUUUUCUAUGAAAAUGAUAUGGACACUUCUCAAACGAUAUUUGGUGCAUUUGUACUGCUACGUUCAGAUUAUUAGGAGGUGUGAUUUAGAUGUACAAACUGAUUCAUGGUUUCAACACCUUUCACCUGCCUAAGCCCUUGCGUUGUUUUAGUCUUUUAUCUAUAGAUGUAGGCAGCCAUGAACAAUCUAUUUUGAGCCACUUUAGGGAGAUAACUUUGUAUUUUUUAAAACUUGCAUUGAGGAGAUGCAAGUGACUUUUAAUUGGAAGACUGCCUCGUUCUGAGGUAAUGCACACUAAAUUAAAAGCAACAGGGAUUUCUAGAAAUACCAGAACUCUUAAUAAGGUGGCUCAUUGUAGGAAAUGCUGUGCCUUCCCUCUGAGCACAAGUGUUGCAUGAACAACCUAGAACUAUAGCCACCAUUAGCAUCAAUAUCUACCUUUGUGUUAAAGAUAACUGGUAAAACACUGUAGAGUGGAUACAAUUAUUUUGUGAAUCUUACUUUGUUGGAUUAGAGUAUUUUUGCAGCAUUCCUAAUCAUCUGAGACAUGGUUACAGUUUAAAUCUAGAAACAGAAGCUAGCUUGUAAACAUAUUCAUGUAGAAGACAAGCUAGACUGUCGUGGGAAAUAAAGAAUAAUCCUGAAGACA